GGCCUCAGACGGCGAGUGGCAGUCGUACAACAAAGACGUAGUAUUUUCAUUAUCCACCUGGCGGACCUCUGAAAAGUUGGUCAGGCAACUUUUUCAUAACCGCACAAAGCGACCAAAACUGUUCCAACAAGCGAAACAAACAACAACAAAAUAAAUUUUAAAAAGCGCAACACUCCUUUUACUUUUUCGUUACUGAGCGUCGUUUCUGUUAAAAACAAAACACAUAAAUUUCAAUUGCAUAGAUACAUAGAUGACCGAGAAGGAUAACGUAUCCAUGGCUACCGUGCAAUUGAAGCCCGACUAUGCGGCUAGCGAGGUCUACAGCACCGCCAGCGAACCGCCACCGCUGGGAUUUUUUAACUUUAAUCAUCAGGCGUACAAGCGUCAGGCGAAUUCGGUGAAAAUAGCCAAAAUCACCGCAUUCACCAUAAUUGUGUCCUCGUUUGUGCUGGGCGCCUUCAUUUUGGCCUCAUCGUAUCUGCAGGCCAAGGCCUCCUGUGAUCAAGUGCAGGCUCUCGAUUCGGUGCUGGAGAAGGAGCUGAUGCUGGAAACGCUGCAGCAGGUGAACAAGGAGCUACCAAGAGCUGAAGCUUUGCUGGGCAAAUCCGAUGCCGGUGAGGAUUUGCAAAAUCUCGAUCACGAUGAGACCGUUGUUGAUAAGAGAACGGAAUCAAAGAACGAGGGCAUUGAACACAAUGUCAACGAUCACGACAAUUCCUAUUCAGAUAGCGAUGAGACCGAGGAGAUGCAAAAGUUCCCAGGCAAGAUGCCGCUCGAGCUGGACUUGAGCGAUCUGGCCGCCGCCAUUCUGCGCAACAACAAGAAAUCCCGCAUGAACUGCGUGGUGGAGCGCAAGCAUGCCGAGGAGUUUGUCGACUCACCCUCGAAGACCGUGUCGCUGCCUUUCGGCGUCAAUCUGACCACCGAUCCGAAGAAGGCACGCAUCACAGGCGAACGUAUUUCCAUUUUCUGCGAUGGCGGUGACGACAAGGAAGAGAAGGAGUCCAAGCGCCAGCGCGAGGAGGAGGAAGAUUCAGAUGAAGAUGUUGAGCCAAUGCGCCCAAUGUUCAUUCCAUUCCAGCGUGUGCCCAUUCCAUUUGGCCGCAUACCCGACCAGAUGCCGUUGACCCACAUGCCACAGCGCAUGAUGCCACCAGCGAUGCAACAGCAACUGCCCCAGCAGGGUUCCAUUAUCAUUCGCCAGUUGCCGCCUCCGUUCCAGCAUCUGCCCAUGCGUCCACCAAUGCCCCCACAGGUGAUGCAGGCGCCGCGCAUGGAGGAGCAGCCGCAGCAGCCCCAAAUUCAGACCGUGCGCAUUCACAUGCAUCAGUUGCCUUUCCGUCCGUUUGAGAUGACCAACGAUAUGCCCAUGCCCGCCCAGAAUCAGCAGGAGCAGCGUGAGAUGCCACAGCGCGAGAUGCCACAGCGUGAGAUGCCACAGCGCGAGAUGAUGCAGCGUGAACUGCUCCAGCGUGAGAUGCCCCAGCGUGAGAUGCCACAGCGCGAGAUGCCACAGAUCCAGAUCCAGCACAUGCCACUGGGCAUGGCACUACAGCGUGUGGGCAUCACCGCUGAUGAUCUGCGCAACAUUCAGCGCAUGGCCGAGGACCGCUUCACCGACGAGCUGCGCCGCCUGACCGCUGAGGAUGCUGCCGACUCCAAUGAGAACAAUAGCGCCAACUCUAGCGAGGAGGAAGAUCACUCCGAGACGCCUGUGGUAUCCGGAGAGCAGUCCAGCACCACUGCAGCCCAGUCCCCAAGCCCGCAGCGCGAGCAGCAGCCAGAACAGCAACAACAGCAGCAGCAGCGUGACCAGGAGUCCAACGAACAACAGGAGGAGCAAGUGCCUCCUAUGCAGAUACAACGAUUGAUUCUGCAGCCGCUGCCGGAGCAGCCACGCGACACCAUGACACCACCCAUGCCCGAUCAGCCACCACAGGUGCCAUUCGGCCGCAUGAUCUUUGGACGUAGCCUGGCCCAGCCCGUGCGCAUUCCCGUGCCCAUGAUGCAGCCAGCCGAGGGCGGCCCCGCCUCCGAAGAGUCGCAGCGACCACACUUCGUCCAGCCUCGUUCCGUUUAAGUAACAACAACAACACGCCUGUGAUUGCUGCUCUGCGAAUCGUAUCUGGUUGUCGUCGUGGUCGUCGUUAUUGUUUCCAUAUCAAAUUGUAACUGUGUCGUCAUCCGUUGCUCGAUUCCGAAAACAUCUCAAAACUAAUGCGUUUGCAUGUGUAGCAGCCCCCAAAACGCCAAAAAUGAAAACGUCAAUCGAUAGAAAUUUUGAGUUUUGGCCCCCAAAAGAAAUCUCUUUAUAUAUGUUUCCACCUAUAUCUCCUUCCCCCACUAUUUCUAUAUAUGUAUUUCUAUAUUUUCGUAAAAAAGAUAUUGUAUGUAUAACAUUCCAAUCGGUCCUCUCAAGUUUUGUGAGCCUUGAAGAUAAAUCGUAUUUCUUUUGAAUAUAUGUCUACAGUUUUGAAGUA